UGAAGACAGGGUACCUAGGCAUCCCAGCGCCGAGGUCCCAUGGCUGGAAUAUCUGUGCGCCCUGCUGGGAUGCCCCCGCAGCUCGUCACGACGGUCGCCUACCUGCUGCUGAGCUGCCAUGCCCUACAGGGACAGGUACCCUCGCCUGGAGCUGAGCCCCACCCUGCGCUCUACCUGCCCACCUGGGGCGCCCUCGGCAGCAGCAACUCCGACAGCCCCAGCGUCCUGAUCGCCAACCCCGGGCUCCAGGUGCCCGAGGGCCGCUCGCGUUGGCUCGACCCGCUCCGGGACCUGGUGAUUCGAGUGCAGCCGGGGGACCGGUGCGAGGUGACGGUGCUAGACGCCCUGCCGCCGCGCCACGGCGCGCUCUCCCCGCGCCGCUUCCCCUGCGCCUUCCGGCCCCACCAGGUCCGGUACACUCACUUCGGCGCCCGCAGCCCCGGACGCGCCCGAGUGCGGCUGCAGCUACGCUACGACGCCCCGACUUCCACGCUGGUUCUGCCUUUCACCCUGGCGGUGGACGUGGUCUUCCCCCAGCUGCAGCUGGUGACGCGCAACAGGCCUCUGACGGUGGAGAAGCUGCGCGGCUGGAGCCACACCAUCGACAGGAGAGUGCUGGACUUCACCUUCCCCAAGUCUCCGGCCGCGGCCCCUCGCAGAUGCUGGCUCACCCCUCUUCCGCCCGAGGGCGGCCCACUGCCCAGGUAUGGGGACUCCGUGGGGGCCCCUCUCCCCAGGGCCAAGGGCUUAGACUGUGAGGCUUUUGUCCGGGCUGGGGUGCGUUACCAGCACACCGCCACCACCUCGUCGCCCAGCCGGGACUAUGUGCCCAUGGUGGCGGAGCUGCUAGAGCCAGGGGCCCGAGGCGCCGCUGGGUCAGGGGAGGUGCUGCUCCGAGAGCACUUCCAGCUGCUGGUGAGGAUCCGCGAGACAGCCGAGAACAUGGCGCCCAGGCCCAGCUUCCGGGCCCUGAUGAUGAUGGAGGUCCGUCAGUUCGCACUGACGGCCCUGACGCUGGACGCACUGGCUGCCGAGGACAUGGAGUCUGUUGCUGAUGACCUAGUCUUCAACAUUCUCAAUGCCCCCACCUCCACACCAGGCCACCAGGGCUAUGUGGUCAGCACUGACGACCCCCUGGGCCUUCCAGUCUCCUACUUCACUCAGCGGGAGCUUCGGGAACUGAAAAUUGCCUAUCAGCCCCCGACAGAGAAAUUGGAUGGGGAGCGUGUCUUCCAGUUGGAGCUGGAGGUGGUCGACGGAGAUGGCGCCUCCUCAGACCCCUUUGCCUUCCUGGUAGUAGUGAAGCCCAUGAACACUUUGGCCCCAAUGGCGAGCUGUAACCGGGGACUGCUGCUUUUUGAAGGUCAGUCAAGGCCCCUGUCCAGUGCCCACAGCCUUCAGAUCAGUGACAAGGAUGACCUGGGAGAGGUGAAAAUAGCUGCAGUCAGGGGCUUGAAACACGGGCAGCUGGUGGUGCUUGGGGGACCUGCUGGGUGCAAGCAUUUCACACCAGUGGACCUGGCAGCAGGACGAGUGGUGUACCAGCAUGAUGGCAGCAACACCUACAGUGACAACAUCAUCUUCCGGAUGGAGGAUGGGCACCAUCAGGUGGAAUUUCUCUUCCCUGUCAUCAUCAUACCUGUUGAUGAUGAACCACCACUGAUCACUGCCAACAGUGGGCUCUCAGUGACUGAAGGGCAGGUGGUCCAGAUCUCCCCCUUUGUCCUGAGUGCUACAGAUAUUGACUCUGAGGACUCAACCAUCCAGUUCGUACUGGAAGACCAACCUCUGGAAGGAAAAGAGGAAGAAGAAGGGUGGGACCUGGUCCCUGGUGCCUCCCAUUCAAGUCAGCAUCUAGGGGAGAUGCUGCUGCAGCAGGCUGAAGCACCUCUGUCCCCUGAAGAUGAAGACUGGUAUUAUGGGGAAAAGGAAGGACUUUAUGAGAAGGUGGUGACUGAGUGACUUCAGCGAGACGUAAUGGAAGGGAGACUCUUCUUCCGCCAUCUUGGACCCCUUGGCCCUCAAUCUGUAAUAAUCCAGAUGACUUUCCAUGUGCACGAUGAUCAUGACCCACCCAAUCUAUCCAACCAGCACUUCUUGACCAUUAAGAUCCAACCAGUGGAUCUGCAGAGUCCAAUGCUAUUUCCAGGAACUACCCUAGAAAUGACUGUGCAACAGUACCAACUCACUCACUUCUAGAAGAAAUUCCUCCGAUACAUUGACCAAGACUCAGAUGACCAGCACCUGUGGUACACCUUACUGAUGCCCCCAACUGACACAGAUGGCAACCACCAAAUCCGAGCUGGAGAAAUUGUACUCACUGAUUCACCAGACACACCCAUUGUACACUUCACCCAGGCUCAAGUAAAUCACCACAGAGUUGCCUACCAGCCCCCACAGAAGCUGGGUAUUGUACCUCGGGUUGUGCAGUUCACCUACCAGGUGGUGGAUUCCGCAGGCAAUAGUGUACCUGGUAUCUUCACAUUAUUCCUAAAGCCUAUAGAUAACCAGCCUCCCCAAGUCACCAACAGAGGCUUUACUGUCUUAGAGGGAGAGAGCUUCAUCCUCAGCAGUAAUGAACUGUAUAUUACUGACCCUGACACAGACAUUGACCAGAUUGUCUUCAUUUUAGUUUGGGGUCCCCAACAUGGACGUUUGCAGUACUUAAAAAAAAUAAUGGUCCCAGGGGAAUUUUUUAGGCAAGCUGAUAUUGUUAAUGGGAGUAUCUCUUACCAGCACAGCAAAGACCAGACCACCAGUGACACCUUUCAUCUGGAGGUAAGUGACAGGAUUCAUCACAUACCCAUCACUGUCCAGAUUUCUGUGCAUCCCACUACAGCCGACAAAACUCCCAGGAUCUCUGUUAUAGGUAGUUCAUUAUUAAAAGUUUCCAUAGAUGUGCUAGAGAAUAAAGCCACUGAGAUCACUAUGGGUAUCAUCCAUGGCCAAAAGGAUUCAGGUGACUUGAUGCUGUCUUUCAUUGUGGAGGACAGCCCCAAACUGGGCACUAUUCUGUUGAAUGGUUUACCCUCAGAAUGAUUCACCCAAGAGGACCUUAUCAGCAGGGCAGUAGUCUAUGUCCACACAGGAGGUGAAAUUGGAUUCCAGAAACAGCAUGAUGCCUUCAGCCUUGCCGUCUCCAAGGAUUCUUAUCAGUGGCCAGUGGGGGGCAGCAUAGUGGAGAGAGUGCAGGUGCACGUGGUUGUUCUGCCUGUGGACAAUGCUGCCCCCAAAGUGUUGGUGGGGAAGUCCUACAUUGUCCAUGAAGGUGGGAAGAGCCCCUUGGUCUUACAACAUCUCAGUAUUGAAGAUGUGGACACUCCGCAAGACAAAAUUCUAUGCACAGUGACAGGUCAGCCAGCUUCCAGCUACCUGGAAAACAUUGCAGCAGCUCCUGGCUCAGAAAAGUCACAGGCCAGUAGCCCCAUCAGUGCUUUCUCCACCAGAGAUGUCCAGGCAAGACAUAUCAAUUAUGUACAGAGUAUCUACAAGGGGAUAGAGCCACAAAAAGAUCAAUUCACCUUUUAUUGCUCUGAUGGCAUCAACUUUUCCCCACAAGUCUUCUUCCCUGUAGUGAUCUUACCCACCAAUGAUGAGCAGCCUGAACUUUUCUCCCGUGAGUUGGUGGUGUUAGAAGGGAUGAGCCUGGUCAUAGAUACCCCACUGCUCAAUGGAGCUGAUGCUGAUCUGCCACCAAAUGAGCUUCACUUUCAGCUCACAGCCCUCCCUCGGCAUGGGCGAAUUAUACGGCAGCUGGCCACGGGCAGCCAUCCCAUCCACAGCUUCACCUUACAGGAGAUCCAGGAGGCCUCCACCAUUGUGUAUGAGCAUGAUGACUCUGAGACCACAGAGGAUAGUUUUGAGGUCUGGCUGAGUGAUGGCAAGCACACCACCCACAGGAAGGUAUCCAUUGUGGUGAUUCUGGUGCAUGAUGAAAUCCCUCUGCUGACCAUCAACAGUGGGCUGGAAUUAGAGAGUGGACAUACCAAGGUCAUCACAAAUCAGGUCCUCAAGGCCACAGAUGUUGACUCAGAUGACAAGAGCCUUGGUUAUGUCCUCUGUUCUGAGCCUCAACAAGGGCUUCUACAGCGACUGAGAAACCCCAGAGGGGAGGUGAGAAACAACCUUACCCUGGGAAUGAACUUCACCCAGGAUGAGAUUGACAGAGGUCUCAUCUGUUACACCCACACAGGCCAAGGACUUCCUGACUUUAUCAAGUUUGAUGUGACUGAUGGUAUUAACCCUUUGCUAGACCAAUACUUCUAUGUCACCAUUGGCAGGGUAAUCCCCAAGGUGGUUAGCAGAAGGAUCACUUUGACAAAAGCUGGCAGAGUGACCCUCACCACAGAUCUGCUUAGCACCAGUAACAACAGUAGCCCUGAUGAAGAGCUUCACUUCAACAUCACACGGGCUCCUAGACUGGGGCACUUGGAAAUCUCUGACCAUCCCGGGGAGCCCAUUGCCUCUUUCACUCAGCGUCAGUUGGCUGGCAGCAAGAUAUUCUAUGUCCGCACUUCAAAUGCUGAGAUAAAGAUGAACAGCUUUGAGCUUCGUGGGACUGAUGGACACCAUCCCAUGUUCAGAAACUUCUGGAUCUUCAUCACGGACAUGGACAAUAAGAAACCCAUCAUGAUCCUCCAUCAACUGAUAUUGCAGGAAGGGGAAAGCAAAUGGAUCACUCCCUUUGAGUUGACAGUGGAAGACGAGGAUACCCCAGAUGUUGGUCUCCUCUUUACCGUCACCCAGGGCCCCCUUCAUGGCAGGAUUUUGUAUAAUGGCAGCCAGCUUGUGUCUACCUUCACUCAGCAGGACCUGAAGGAGAACCUGAUUAGCUACCAGCAUGAUGGCAGCAAGACGACCGAAGACAGUUUCUCCUUGACUGUGGCAGAUGGCACACACGCUGAUUUCUACGUCUUCCCAGACACUGCCCUGGAGACACACAGACCUCAGGUAAUGAGGAUCCACAUAAGCUCCCUAGACAACAGGCUCCCCCAGAUUGCCUUUAACAGAGGCGCCCUGGCCUUGAAGCACCUUCCCUCUGGACACUUGGGCUUCCUGAUUACCAGUGGGGCUCUGAAGAUGGAGGAUUGGGGCAGUUCCCAACAGCUCCUGAAGUAUACAGUGACCAGAAGAUCCAUGCAUGGCUUCCUCAUCAACACGGGCCUUGGAAACGAGAGCAUUCGAGUGUUUACACAAGCUGAUGUGGUUGAGAUGAGGAUCUACUACAUCUUGAAGGAAGGCAGCAAGGCAACAAAGGAUAUCGUCUAUUUCUCUGUUGAGGACAAUGGAGGAAAGAAGCUAACAAAUCAACCUCUCCAUCUCUUCUGGGCUUGGGUCGCUUUGGAGAAAGAGUAUUACAUAGUGGAUGAAGAGUCUCCAUUCUUGGAAGUGACCCUCACGCGCAGAGGAUAUCUUGGUGAAACAUCUUUCAUCAGCGUCGUAACUAAAGAGGAAACUGCAGGAAAAGAUAAAGAUUUUAAAGGAAAGUCCUCAAUACAGGUCCAGUUCAAUCCUGGACAGACCACAGCUAUGUGGAGAGUGAGAAUUCUACCUGACAAUGAAUAUGAGGCUUCUGAGACCUUCCAGAUCAUUCUGACAAACCCUGUCAUGGCUGCCCUGGAGUUUCCAGAAAGGGCAACUGUUGAAAUUGUGGAUCCUGAAGAUGAAUCAACAGUUUCUAUUCCAGAGGCAGAGUACAGAAUAGAGGAAGACAUUGGGGAACUUUUGAUUCCUGUAAGACGGUCUGGAGAUGCAAGCCAGGAACUCAUUGUUAUUUGCUCUACACAUCAAGGCUCUGCCGCAGGCACCGUUUCUUCCACAGUGUUAUCUUUCUCUGACUACAUCUCACGUCCUAAAGACCACACCAGCCUCCUCCACUUUGACAAGCAUGAGGCUGAGAACACCUGCCGGGUCCUCAUCAUCAACGACUCCCUUUAUGAAGAGGAGGAAUCUUUCAGUGCCCUGCCCACGGGAGGGCAACUGGGGGCUGAAGUCCCCACCACCAGGGUGAUUAUCCUGCUGGAUCGUCAUGACAAGCCUGCCCUGUGCUUUGAGGAUGCUGAGUAUCACAUCGACGAAAGUGCUGGCUCCGUGGAGGUUUGUGUACGAAGGACAGGCACCGACCUUUCCCAAGCGUCCUCGGUCACCGUGCGCUCCAGGAGAACAGAGCCAGCCUCAGCAGAAGCUGGAAUAGAUUAUGUUGGCAUCAGCCGAAAACUGGACUUCGCUCCAGGAGUGCACGUUCAAAUGAUCCGAGUGACAAUCCUUGAUGACCUGGGACAGCCAGUCUUGGAGGGUCUAGAGACAUUUGAAUUACUUCUCCAGAUGCCCAUGGGUGUAGUGCUUGGAGCACCCAAUAAAACCACCGUUUUCAUCAAUGACAUCGUCACUGACUGCAAGCAGAAUGCUUGUCGUUCCUUUGAUUGAACGAUUUAAGGGAGAAGCAGUCAAAACGUGUUUUCUGACAACACAGUUUCUAGAACUUAGCAACUCUGGGAUAUCAGUGGUAUUGUGCUAUCAUUGAUGUUGUAUAUAUUCAACAAGGUAUCAUGGCAAACGAGUUUAUGUAAGUGUAUGUAUAGGUACAGAGAAAGGAUUGCACCCACAAAGACUCAUUAUUAAAAUGUGCUAUUGGUUUGUUUGGGUUUUUUUUCAUUUUCUUUUACUUUGUUACUAAGGCCAGUGAAACCCAUUGUCAUCAAUUAAAUCAACAGUUAAGAGGGGGGAGUUCCUGUUGUGGCUCAGCAGUGACGAACCCGACUGCUAUCUAUGAGGAUGCGGGUUCGAUCCCUGGCUUUGC